CGCAAGUAUCGCUUCCUUCCUUCUCUCCUUCUCUCUCUAAAAACCAAAUCCAACGUCUCCGUUUCUUCAAACGCGUCUUCUCUCUUCCUAUUUUUAACCCUUUUCUUGAUUGAAAUCUCUAUUCUUUUCUUCUCUUUUUACCUCUCAUCUCAUCUUUGUAAAUCGAAUGAUGGAUUAUUAUUCAAGUUUCUGAGUAACACAAAAAAAAAAAUCUCUUUCUUUCAAUCUUCCUUAGAUUUUUCAUCAGAUUAAUGUUGUGUACGUUUGUGAAUACGUGUCUGAAUCCUGAAACCUGUGGAGUUGAAAACGACAAGAAGAUUGGGUCUGUUAAUAUAGUUAUAAGCACUGAUUUAAUGAACGAUUUGAUAGCUGGUUCUUUUGGUUAGAGAAAGAGAGAUAUAAUAAUAAUAAUAAUAAUAUGAUGGUAUCUACAACGUUUAGGAGAAUUGUGUCCCCUUGUUGGAGACCUUUUGGUAUUGGAGAAGGUUCUAUUACAAGUAGUAGUGAUGAUUCCAACGGCCGUCUCGACGGUUUAUUAUGGUAUAAAGACUCCGGUAACCAUUUAACCGGAGAGUUUUCUAUGGCUGUGGUUCAAGCCAACAAUCUUCUUGAAGACCAUAGCCAGUUAGAGUCUGGUCCCAUUAGUUUCAACGAGUCUGCCCCCGAAGCUACUUUUGUCGGUGUGUAUGAUGGUCAUGGAGGUCCUGAGGCAGCUAGGUUUGUUAACGAGAGGUUGUUUUACAACAUGAGGAGAUGUGUUUCUGACCAGAGAGGUGUCUCUCCUGAUGUCAUCACAAGAGCUUUUGUGGCGACAGAGGAGGAGUUUCUCGGUUUGGUCCGGGAGAAAUGGCAAGUGAAGCCGCAGAUAGCUUCUGUUGGAGCUUGUUGCCUUGUGGGUAUUGUCUGCAACGGGCUGUUGUAUAUUGCAAACGCUGGUGAUUCGAGAGUCGUGUUGGGGAGGCUAGAGAGUCCGUUUAAAGAGAUGAAAGCUAUUCAGCUAUCUACAGAGCAUAACGCUAGUAUUGAGUCUGUGAGAGAAGAGUUGCGUUUGUUGCAUCCUAAUGACCCUAACAUUGUGAUGUUGAAACAUAAAGUGUGGCGUGUGAAAGGGAUCAUACAGGUGUCGAGAUCUAUAGGUGACGCGUACUUGAAGAGAGCAGAGUUUAACCAAGAACCGUUGUUGCCUAAGUUUAGAGUUUCAGAACGUUUUGAGAGGCCCAUCAUGAGAGCUGAGCCGACUAUAACGGUUCAUAAGAUUCACCCUGAAGAUCAUUUUCUUAUAUUUGCUUCAGAUGGUUUGUGGGAGCAUUUGAGUAACCAAGAAGCAGUUGAUAUUGUUAAUACUUGUCCACGCAGUGGUGUGGCUCGGAGGUUAGUGAAAGCUGCAUUGCAAGUAGCAGCGAAGAAGAGAGAGAUGAGGUAUUCGGAUUUGGAGAAGAUAGAACGUGGCAUCAGGAGACACUUUCAUGAUGAUAUUACUGUGAUUGUCGUUUUUCUCCAUUCUGCAAGUUUUGGAGUUCGAACUCCGGUCUCUGUUAGAGGAGGUGGUGUCCUCGCACUCUCCCCAGGCAAUGCCAUUUUAUAAGUUUUUACUUUUUUUUUCUAUAUUCAAAUAAUGAUAAGCAAAAUCUCUUUUUUUUUUUUUAUAAAUGUUUUGUUUUAAUGUUUUGGUUUGUUCAGAAUUUCAGAUUGUCUGAUACUUGUUUAAAUUAAUUUCUGGAAAAAAAAUUGUAAUUUAUAUUUUCCUUUUUACCAAAGUCUGUUUU